GUAAUACAUUUGUGCAGUGUUGGCCAACUGCUGUUGAAAUCAAGCGGAAAAAAAAAGAAUGAUAGCGGCGGCGAAUGACUUGUGAUACUGCUGAAGAAUAACCAGAAAAGAACACACAUCGCGAUCAUCUAGCGGGGAAACUGUAGAAAGUCAAACAAGAUGACUGAAUUCUCUGUGGACGCCAACACGAUUUGCUUAUUUGAUGUUGACGGAACCCUGACAGCUGCGAGACAGGUGGAGUAAAUCCUGUGACAACGGAAAUGUCCAUGUUUAUUGAGAAGUUGAAGACUCGUGUUCGUGUUGGUGUGGUCGGGGGGUCAGACCUCUGCAAAAUCAAAGAACAACUGGGAGAUGAUGUAAUCCAAAAAGUAGACUAUGUAUUUGCAGAGAACGGUCUUGUGGCCUAUAAGGAGGGACAGUUAAUAUCUAUUCAGUCCAUCCAGGCCCACAUGGGAGAAGAGCUACUGCAAGAGUUUAUUAAUUUCUGUCUCAACUACAUGUCCAAGAUCAAACUUCCCAAGAAGAGAGGUACAUUCAUUGAAUUUCGUAACGGCAUGUUGAACAUCUCCCCAAUUGGACGAAGCUGUACUGUGGAAGAACGCAAAGAGUUCUAUGAGCUCGACCAGAGAGAAAGCAUCCGGGAGAAGUUUGUGUCUGUUUUAAAGGAGCAGUUCAAAGGAAAAGGGUUGUCGUUUUCAAUUGGAGGGCAGAUCAGCUUUGAUGUCUUCCCUGAUGGCUGGGAUAAAAGAUACUGCCUUGGGAUCAUUGAGAAGGAUAACUACUCAACUAUUCACUUCUUUGGGGACAAGACUAAACCUGGAGGAAAUGACUAUGAGAUCUACUGUGACCCACGCACCAUUGGCCAUGAAGUCACUUGUCCAGAUGAAACACAAAAACUUUGCCAGCAGCUUUUCUUCUCAUGAAAAUUUCCGCAACAUCUACUGCAUGUUAAGGAUAGAAAAGAGACUCAAUUGAGAGCAUGUGAAGGUUAUGGAGGUUCUAACUUCAGGGUUGCGAAUGAUAUUAUUAUUAUUAUAAUUUUUUUUGAUGGACCAUUUGAACUGCCUUGUGUUCACAUGUAAGUAUUUUUGAAAUAUGGCUAUUAUCGGAAAAAUCUUGUUGGUUCAAGAUUCUUGACUAUAUAGCUACUCCUUUAAGAAUGAUGAAUAUAUUGAAUGUGGAACCUAAUAAGGAAUAAUUGUCUAUCAGUUAUUAACAUCUUGACGUCAUAGCGAAAUUACACUAGAAAAUAAAUUGCUUUUUCCAUUUCA